CCGUAGUAGUGGGUUACGUAACAUCACUUUCUCGCUGGCUGGAGUUUUAGAAGACUCUUUCUUGCUGUCUUUUCAAGCUACGAGGCUUGAAAAAAAGCUCAGUAUUCUUCAUAGAUUAUUUGGUGUGGAGUCUACCAAGACAUUUUUGAAGAAGCUUUUUCCUGCAAAUUAAAAUGGCUUUGACUGAAUCCCAGGAAGUCCAAGGUAUUGGAGUCUUGUUGUCUAGCAUGGAGGAUAAUGACUACGAGAACUUACCAACGGAGCGUGUGACGAUUCAUUUGAUGGCGGGAGGAAUGGCUGGUGUGAUGGAACACUGUGUCAUGUACCCUGUGGACUGUGUUAAGACACGCAUGCAAAGCCUGAAACCCAACCCUAAUGCAAGGUACAGGAACUUGGUCCAUGCACUGAAAAGCAUGAUCAAAACAGAAGGUCUCUUUUCUCCUCUGCGGGGUAUGAAUGUUGUUGCCAUAGGAGCUGGUCCUGCACAUGCUUUGUACUUCAGCUCCUACGAAUAUGUUAAGAAGACCCUUAAAGGAAACAAAAAAGAGUAUAGUGCUUUUUCUUAUGGAGUUGCUGGAGUGUGUGCUACUGUGUUCCACGAUGGUGCUAUGAAUCCAGUUGAGGUUAUCAAGCAAAGACUUCAGAUGUAUGGCAGUCCAUAUCGAGGAGUAAUCCACUGUGCUGCAACUGUGCUGAAACAAGAAGGAAUAAAAGCAUUCUAUCGCAGCUACACAACCCAACUUUCAAUGAACAUACCAUUUCAGACUUUGCAUUUCAUGGUAUAUGAAUUAGCUCGAGAAAAGUUGAAUCCUGCAAAUACUUACGAUCCAAAGACUCAUGUUAUCGCAGGAGCCACUGCAGGGGCUGUUGCUUCUGCCAUUACUACACCACUUGAUGUAGCAAAGACAUUGCUUAACACCCAAGAAACUGAAGUAGUUGCCCUUGUGGGGAAAAACCGAGGACAUGUUGUGUAUGUGAGUGGCAUGUAUAAUGCCUUUCGGACUAUUUACCAUAUGCGUGGCAUCUCUGGCUACUUUCAAGGACUUCAAGCCAGAGUAAUCUAUCAGAUGCCAUCAUGUGCAAUCUGCUGGUCUGUCUACGAGUUUUUCAAGUAUUUCUUGCAUAAGGAAUCUGAUUUCCAUGAGAUGUCAGCCACUCAUGGAGAAUAGCAGCACUUGCCAUGAAGAAUAUAGAUUUUAUUAGUGGUUCAUUAGAUCAUUUUGUCUGUUCAUUCUUGAGAAACUAGUUUUUAUAACCCAAAACUAAUAUCUACACCGAAACAGAAAGAUACCUCAACACAUUUACAAUAAGAAACCAUAUUCCUGAAAAUUUUAAAAACUGAAUCUUUUUUAAAAAAAUAUGGUGGCAAGGGUUACUCUGCCAAGUAAAACUAGAAGAGAAACUCGAGGAUUUUACAUCUCUAAAAUGAAUGACAAUAAACAUGGACUGAAAAUAA